AUGGCGGAAUCCGUCCUGCUCGAGGACUCGACCAUCUAUACACGUCCCGCCGCCGCCGCCGACACCAUGGCAGCAUCACCCCCCGUUCACGCCAACGGCUACAAGCUCGUCCUCGACAAGGACCUGCCCGACAUCUCCUUCAUGACGGCCGCCGAGUGGGAUACCUUCUUCGCCAUCAGCGAGGCCAUUGUCCCGGCCGUCGUCCCCCAGACCAAGCUCACCGACCCCAUGCGCCAGCUCGGCAUCCCGGACAAGGAGUUUUACGCCGCUGUCGACGAGACGCUCGCCAGCCUGCACGACCCCCCGCCGCAGGCCAAGCUGCUCGAGUGGCUGGCCUUUCGCGCCGUCGACGAGCCCGCGUUUCGCCGCGAGUGCGAGCACUCAGUCGCCUCGGCCGCCCUGCGCAUGGAGCUCGCCAACUUUAUGAGCAUGCUCAACACCCGUUACGGGAGCCUGCUGCUCACCGGCCGCUGGACGCUCUUCCACCGGCAGCCGCUGGCCGUGCGCCAGCAGAUCCUCAAAAACUGGCGCUCCUCGCGGCUCCUGCCGCUCCGCAUCGUCCUCAAGUCCAUGAACGCGCUGACGCGCAAGUCCCUCGGCGCCUCGAGCCGCUUCAUCCGCGAGCUCGGCGGCUUCGAAGAGCUGCCGAAGAACUGGGCGCUCAAGCAGGGCUAUGACUUUCAGUUCCUCCAGAUUCCCGACGGCACCAGCAAGCACACCAUCGAGACGGAUGUCAUCAUCGUUGGCUCCGGCUGCGGCGGCGGCGUCGCGGCCAAGAACCUGGCCGAGGCCGGGCACCGCGUGCUCGUCGCCGACAAGGGUUACCAUUUCGGCCCCGAGAGCUUCCCGCUCACGCAGGUCGGUAACAAGCACAUCUACGAGAACAACGGCCUCGUCAUCUCCAAGAGCUCCGCCAUCUCUGUCGCCGCCGGCGAGACCUGGGGCGGCGGCGGCACCGUCAACUGGAGCGUCUGCCUCAAGCCGCAGGACUAUGUCCGCCGCGAGUGGGUCGCCGCCGGCCUGCCGCUGUUUGGCAGCGCCGAGUUUGACGACUGCAUCGACCGCGUCUGGUCCGCCAUUGGCGCCGGCCAGGCCACCGUCCGCCACAACCAUCAGAAUGAGGUCGUCCUCGACGGCUCCCGCAAGCUCGGCUGGCACAGCAGCGUCUGCGACCAGAACACCGGCGGCGUCGAGCACUACUGCGGCCGCUGCCACCUCGGCUGCGGCUCAAACGAGAAGCGCGGCCCGGCCGUCGCCUUCCUGCCCGACGCGGCCGAGGCGGGUGCCGAGUUCAUCGAGGGCUUCCGGGUCGAGCGUGUGGUGUUUGCCGCGGAUGGCGUGACGGCGACGGGCGUCGAAGGCGUCUGGACGGCCCGGAGCGACGACGGCACUGUGCACAGCGCGCCCGAGACGAGACGCCAGCGCAGGGUCCUGAUCAAGGCCAAGAAGGUGGUCGUGUCAGCUGGUUCGCUCUGGAGCCCCGCGUUGCUGCAAAAGAGCGGCGUCAAGAACCCCCAAAUCGGUCGCAAUCUGCACCUGCACCCAGCGGCCUUUUUGGUCGGCCACUUCAACGAGGCCGAGCCCCAGUGGGAGGGCGGCAUCAUCACAGCCUACAAUGGCGAGUUUCAAAAUCUUGACAAAAAGGGCCACGGCGUCAAGCUCGAGACCAUGGCCAUGCUGCCCUACGUCCUCUUUGCCAUCCAGCCGUUUGAGAGCGGUCUCGACUCCAAGCUGUGCGUUGCGCGCAUGAAGCAGCUGCACACGGUCAUCUCCAUCACGCGCGACCGGGACACGGGCCGCAUCACGGCGGACCCCGCGACAGGGGCGCCUGUCAUCGACUACGAUGUAUCCGCUUUUGACGCCGAGCACAGCCUCGACGGCAUCGAGGCCAUUGCCAAGCUCAUGUACGUCAUGGGCGCGAGCGCGCUGUACCCGACCAUUCCCAACGUGCGGCCGUUUGUCGUGGCCAGGGACGGCGACCCGGUCCUGCAAGCCGGCUACCAAGAAGGCACCGACCCCGAGUUCACGGACCCCCACUUCGCCGCCUGGCUAAAGCACCUCCGCGCCGUCGGCGGCAAGGCCGGCGGCGAGAUCAGCUACCUGUCGGCGCACCAGAUGGGCUCGUGUCGCAUGAGCGCCAAGCCGAGCGGCGGCGCCGUCGACCCCAAGGGCAAGGUCUGGGGCUGCGAGAACCUGUACGUGGCCGACGGCAGCGUGUUCCCGAGUGCGAGCGGCGUGAACCCCAUGGUGACGAUUCUGGCCAUUGCCGACUACAUUUCGCGGCAGCUGGCCGCGGAGCUGUCGGCGGCGUCGAGAAGUGGUAUGGUUUUUGGGCGGGGGGUUGUAACAAUGUAA